AUGGAAUGGAAUCUUCUUGAACCUCAUAAACUCACCCACAAACUUUCUUCUCAUGCAUCUGGAAAUAUGUCCAACAAAUCGAAGAAAAACAGCAUUGUAGGUCUUGGCACAAAUUUUUUUGUUGAUGUCUUUGCUAAGCAAGUUUCUCAAGUGUUACGAACAGUCAAGGAAGGUUGCAUUGUUUUUCAUCUGCAGUCCAAAUAUGGAGGGUUCUUCAAAGAAGAAGAUAUACUUCUUAGAAAAUGUAUAAUGGAGUAUGGUGAAGGAAAAUGGCGUCUAGUUCCUCUUAGAGCAGGGCUGAAUCGAUGUCGGAAAAGCUGUAGAUUGAGGUGGUUGAACUAUUUACAACCAAAUAUUAUAAGAGGAGAGUUCAAACCUGAUGAAGUGGAUCUCAUCAUCAGGAUGCAUAAGCUUCUUGGUAACAGGUGGUCAUUAAUUGCUGGCAGACUUCCCGGAAGAACGGCAAGUGAUAUCAAGAAUUACUACAACACUCACUUGAAGAGAACUUGUUUCUCUAAAUACAAUUCUGAAGUUGCCAUGAGUAAGAAGUCAGGUCAUCGUUACGGCCAAGACCAUGAUCGCUGCCAGAAUCUAAAACGUAAGCGACAUAGUCCAAAGGUUAAUACUAUAGAUCUUACCAGUAGUAAACAUAUUAUCACCCAAGUUUUAAGACCUCAACCUCGAACCUUGAUCAUGACAUCUCAGUGGAACAUGAAUACAGUGAGAACACCAACAGGAAUGAAUAAUAACAACAUUGAUACACCAGCUGGGUUGCCUAAUAAUUCACAAGUUGUUAACAAAAAUAUUAACAAAUGUGUGCCAUUAGCAGUCGAUGAUUACCUCGAAAAGUUCACUGCAGAAGCAGACAAAGAAGAUUCACUGUCGAAGAAGAAACAAGUUACUUAUAAUAAUAAUGCCUCAUUAAUAACCAAAGGCAAUACAACCAAAGGUGUUAAGGAAGGCAUGACAAAGGGUAAAAAUGAUGGUAGUAAAGAUCAACAUGCUUAG